GAUAUAUGUCUGGUGCUGGAGCUCAAGAAGAAAACCUUUUUCGUCGUACAAAUCUAUUUGAAUAUCAUGAACCUAAAAAAAAUGAAUGGUAUCCUAUUCCUGAAUUUGGUGGUAUUUAUUGUCCCAAUGCAACUGUUAUUAGAUCUAGUGAAGCAGAUCAAUACUCAUUCUUGGAAGUUCCUGAAACCAUGUCUUUUGUGGCUGUGUCUGCUUUGCGUCGUCCAAAAAUUACCCGGGAUCCAUCUGGUAAAUAUACGAUGCAUCCCGAAGCAAAGGCCAAAACUAGUAAAAAAAUUAAAGCAAUUUUGAAUAUAGGUUUAGACAAUG